GUAGCCUAAGGCCACCGGUUGGUGGAGGACCCUGAGCAAGCUAUGGCGUCCGGAGGUCCGCGGGUGCUGGUGGUGGGCGGCGGCAUCGCGGGGCUUGGCGCUGCACAGAGACUCUGCCGCCACCCUGCUGCUUCACACCUGCGGGUCCUGGAGGCCACCGCCGGCGCCGGGGGCCGCAUCCGCUCGGAACGCUGUUUCGGUGGUGUAGUGGAGCUGGGGGCACACUGGAUCCAUGGGCCCUCCCAGGGAAAUCCUGUUUUCCAGCUGGCUGCGGAGUUCGGGCUCCUGGGGGAGAAAGAAUUAUCAGAGAAGAACCAGCUGGUGGAGACCGGAGGGCACGUGGCCCUGCCCUCCAUGAGCUGUACCAGCUCAGGAGCAUCUGUGAGCCUGGAGCUGGUGACAGAGAUGGGCAGUCUGUUCUAUGGACUGAUAGACCAAACCCGAGAGUUCCUGAAUGCACCCGAGACCCCGAUGGCCAGUGUUGGAGAGUUUCUCAAGAAGGAGCUAAGGCAGCAGGUGGCUAGCUGGACCGAGGAUGAAGACACUAAGAAGCUCAAGCUGGCUAUCCUGAACACCUUCUUCAACAUAGAGUGUUGCGUGAGCGGCACCCACAGCAUGGACCUGGUGGCCCUUGCGCCGUUCGGGGAGUAUACUGUGCUGCCGGGACUGGAUUGCACCUUGGCUGGUGGUUACCAAGGACUUACCAACCGCAUACUGGCUUCCUUGCCCAAGGAUUCGAUGGUUUUUAACAAGCCGGUGAAGACCAUUCACUGGAAUGGGUCCUUCCAGGAAGCUGCUUUUCCAGGGGAGAUCUUCCCUGUGUUGGUGGAGUGUGAAGAUGGUACCCGCCUGCCUGCCCAUCAUGUCAUCGUCACCGUGCCCUUAGGUUUUCUCAAAGAACAUCAAGAUACCUUCUUUGAGCCACCACUGCCUGACAAAAAGGCAGAAGCCAUCAAAAAAAUAGGCUUUGGUACCAACAACAAAGUCUUUUUGGAGUUUGAGGAGCCCUUCUGGGAGCCCAACUGCCAGUUCAUCCAGGUGGUGUGGGAGGACACAUCACCCCUCCAGGACACAGCCCUCUCUCUCCAAGACACCUGGUUCAAGAAGCUCAUUGGCUUUUUGGUUCUGCCUCCUUUUGAGUCUUCACAUGUGCUCUGUGGGUUUAUUGCUGGGCUCGAGUCGGAGUUUAUGGAGACUCUUUCAGAUGAAGAAAUGCUUCUGUCCCUAACCCAAGUACUCCGGAGAGUGACAGGAAACCCACAAUUGCCAGCAGCCAAGAGCGUGCUGAGGUCUCGUUGGCACAGUGCCCCAUACACCCGAGGUUCCUAUAGCUAUGUGGCCGUUGGCAGCACUGGCGAUGACCUAGAUCUGCUGGCUCAGCCCCUCCCUGCUGAUGGAACUGGUACCCAGCUCCAGGUACUCUUCGCUGGGGAAGCCACCCAUCGGACAUUUUAUUCCACCACACACGGGGCCCUCCUGUCCGGCUGGAGGGAAGCCGAUCGCCUCCUUGGUCUGUGGGACUCACAGGUGCAGAAGCACCGGCCCAGGCUCUCCAGAGAACAGAGAAGUUGCUCCUGCUUACAGAGAAGACAGAACACUCAGACGUAUUAACUCCUCAUGCUGCAUCUGCCCCAAGAACUUGUACACCUCUGCAUGGUGGAGCUGGAGAGGCUGGUGCAGCCACUGGGGUGGUGCUCCAGAGGGAGCUAUAGGAGCUUGUGGAGACUCUUCCUCCUCCCUUGCACAGCGUGGCACUGUCACUGGCCCCAGGCUCCAGAAGGGCUGAGUGCGACCCCUCUUGGUUGCAUCAGUCAGGCUUCCAUUUCCAAAACAGCUCCUGGCUUGCCUGUUUGUGCACAGUCCAGUCCAGCUCACUGCUGGGCUCCUCAUCCUUCAGAUCUCCAAGGCCUGCUGUUCCUCCGUCGCUCCAGUCUGUCAGGAAGCAUGUCACAUCAUCAGGAACGCUUCCUGCUUUCUGUCACUAGACUGUCCUUCAUGGGAUACCACAGAAAAAAGCCAGACUCCAGUAAUUUUUUUCAAGGGCAAAGGUCUUUACUGUUGACCCUCAGGGAGGCAUUUCAGUUUUCAGAGACAAACCCAGGUGACUUUGUGGGAGAAACAGGCUUGCCAAGGAGAGAGGCCAGGAGGAUUCGAGCUGCUGGGGAUGGGGCUCCGCCAUGGUGGAGAAUUGGCCUGACAUGCCUAGAGCUUUAAAUUUAGAAUGUGGACACAUUUUCCCCUCUUUUUUCUUUUGAUAACAACAUUUUACUUGGUAGU